GACUAAAACAAAAUCUUCCCUCCCUCUCUGCCCUCCUCCCCUCCUCCCCUACUCUCCUUCACGUUUCUUGCCUCCCUCUUUCCUCUUAUUUUCGGGUAUCAGACGUGUCUUGGAGCUCAGGGGACCCACGAGAUAGAUGGCUCAUUCGCCGCCGUCUUUGGGCGUGUCGGUGAGCUCGUCGUCCAUGUCGUGGGACACGUCCGAUGAGGAAUGGUCGAAAUCCCGUAAACUAACGGCUCCGACCUUAUCAACCCGGGGGCGACCCCGAAAAAAAUCCGGCUCCGGCUCCCAGGCCGAGAUCCCGCCCACCCGUGUCACGCCCAGUCGUCGGGCUAAGAUGAAGACCACUAGGAAACCGAUCUCGCCACCCUCUGACUCGCCGCCCAUCCAAGUCAAAUUCAAGCUCUGUGCCCCACCCUCGGUCACCCCCAACCCCCCGGAUGGUUCGCCGGUCAGAGCCCCGCCCGCUCCACCACGAGUUCGAAUCCAGCCCGGGAAACGCCCAAGGCCACCCCGAGCCGGCUCAGAUUUUGCCCAAAGUUUGGCUUUGGCUCGUCCGACUUAUUAUGAGAAGCACCCGGAAUUAGCCUCGCAAAUUCAUACCCUUUUCCGGCAAAAAUUAGCCCGCGUGGAUCGCGUAACCAUGAACCACGUCAGCGACAAGUUUCGUAGUUUUGAUCGAACCUCGUUUCAAACUGGGGUGCUAACCCAUGACGCGGCUGAAGAGGAGGACCUGCCCAUCCAGAAAAAUGACUACAUCCCGGAAUUAUCGGUGGAGCAAAAAAUCUUUCAGCUCCUCGAUGUGCUCCAUCAACUGCCCCAAGGUCCGCCCCUCUUGAGUGGCUACCCGCAGUGCGGUCAAGGGCGCAAGAACAAAUUCGUGUCCGCCGAGCUGCUCGAGUGUCAAGUCCGCUCUCAAUGCAUGCCCGACAUCCUCGACCCCGCGGCCACGCCCAAUCGUUCCAACAGUCCUUGUCCAGCCAACCCAUCAUUCCAUUCCGCCAAUGAGAGCCAAGGCGAAGCCGAGGAUUUGAAUACCGAUUGCUCGUCCGAGACGGAGCUUGAACCUUGUCACAACAAUAACAAGAGCGACGACAUGCCAGUCAGACGUAUUUCCUCGAGUAGGAAGCGCUCGGCCACGCCCAAUAAACCAGCCCAGGCAGGUUCGAGCCAAAUGGUUAGCCCUCGGGAAUUGAUAGUGGUCGUCCGUCGAGAAGAGGUGGAGCAAUAUCGGUCCGAAUUAGAUCGAUCUCCGCGAGGAUCCCUAAGUUUGAGCCAAUCCAAGGAUGACGAGGAUCCCAUUCAGUCCUCGAGUCUGAACCAAGGCAACCAAGAGUAUCUCGAGCUCGCCGUGCCCAACCUCUUUGACACGCCCAAAAUAACGAGUACUCCCAAGGGGUCCGAGGACAUGAGUGAUCAGCCAGUGGUCCACCAGGGUCCAAGCCAGAAAAUGGAAGCCAUCGUGUCUUUAACUCGGGGAUCAUCCAGUUCUUCGUCGACAUCGUCGUUGGUGUCCUCGUCGACCAAAAAGAGGAAGGAUCGAUCUCAUAGCAGCCACUCCAAAUCAGAAUCCCGUGAAGUCAACACGACCAAAUCGGCCUCAAAGAUUGCCAAACCUUCCAUGUCUAACGAACAGCCUGCGAAACCCCCUUUAAUGAGGGUGGAAGUGCCCUUCGAGAAGUCGUCGUACAAGAUCCCAAAGAAGAUACCUGCUACGAACACGUCCAAAUCCACGAAUAAGACCACGUCAUCUUCCACUACUGGGAAUCAAGCCAAGAAAAAACCGGGUGGACGUUUAGUGGAGUCUCCCUUCUUGGCAAGUCUCUUCGAGAACUCGCCCAAGCCCAAGUCCAAACUUAAUCGAUCCUCUUCGUCUCAAAAUCGAGGCCCAAAACUCCCCAAAAAGGCUACUCCCAUUGCCACUCCCAUUGCCACUCCCACUUCCACUCCCACUUCCACUCCCACUCCCACUUCCACUCCCACUCCCGAUGCCGUUCCUGCUCAACCUGAAAUUCGAGCAGAGUCAAUUGCAGCUUCCCAAGAUAAGAAAGCAUCGCCCCAAGAGAGUUCAGAGGUGCCAAACCCAGGACUCAAAAAAUCAACGCAAGCGAUACGGAGUUCCGAAUCGGAUCAGAAUGUGAAGAGGAAGCGAUUAAGUUUGAAAGACUAUCAAAGCAAGAAGGCCAAAAGAAGCCCAAUCCAACAGCCCAGUCCAGCCUUGGAAGAAGGUGAGAUGCCCGAUAGUGAUGACGAGAUUUCGAUCGUUGGUUUGGUCGUGAAAAGAGGUCGCGACAAAGUGAUACAGCCCAAAUCGAUCUCCCCUCCCUUGUCCUCCUCACGAGAACCCUCGAUUAGCCCCUCAAGUGGUAGUGCAUCUUCAUCGGACAAGCUCUUGAUUGACGAGGAUAAAACAGCCACGCCCUCGCCCACGCCCACGUUAUCGGAAGGAAAUCCACGAACGGGUAAAAGAAGGGUGAUCACUCGUGAAGAUGAUGAGAUGACACACCCUCUUCGAGUUUCUCCGUCCAUGGAAAUUGACCGUGGACCAAGACGGAAGAAGGAGGUCACCUCAAGUGAAGAACUCAUUUCCACUAGGAACCUUCAGGGGGAGGAGACAGACAAAAUGGAGGGAAAAGACAAACCCGCCCCCGAAGAGGACGAAGACGAAGAGGAAGCCGUUCAGCUGGAAUUGGACUCUGCGGACAGGUUGGAUCUGGACGAAUCCGAAGACUUGACACCCGUUGUUCAAUCCAUAUCCGGAGACAGACAAAAAAAUAUGGCGCCCCCGAAAGAGUCGUCGAGCACCACAACACCGCCCGCCAAUGUUUGGGACAAAAUUCCAAGUAAAGAGAAUUCGCAAGAGUUCAUCGAUGCGAUGCCUCCAAGUCUGAAAGCGCUUUUCAUGGCCCUCUAUUCACGGCGAUUGUGUUUCAAGCAAUUGGAAUUCGGUGUCUGCCAAAAACGUCAAGACCUAGAAGCUCACAUGCGGAACAAGCAGUUCCAGUCGCAAAUCUUGGGGGCCGCCCCGCCCAAGCUCCGCUGUUGUUUGAACCAUGAUAUCACCUUCGAAGAUUUCAAGACGUUCCUCCUGCUCAUUUGCGAGUCCACCGAGGACCAGUUACCUCUGAUGCUCCGCCCAAGAACGCACAAUCGCUUCACCCGAAUCAUGGGCGUAUUCAACGCCAACAAGCAUUGGAUCAAUGUUCAUUUCAUCCUCGAGGUUAUGGCCAUCGUCAUCAGGUCAGCCAAAUUGGCCGUCGAGCCCAAUUUCGAGUUCUGCAUUGUGAUUGAGACGAUCGUGAAUGAUCUGGACCACUUCCAGAAGAUCUUUGAGUUCCCCGACCAACAUCCUCCCCCGGUGCUGGCCGGAUUGAAGACCUCCAUUGAGCGACUGUUCAACCAGAUUCUGGACCUGGUGGCCACCUUGGUUCAGUUCAAUGAGCAUCAUCGAGGAUCCAACGAGGUGCUGAAGUUGAACGCUACUCUCGAUAAGGUGUUCGCUCACUCGAGCGUCUGGGGAUUGGUGUUGAGUACCCAAUCGUUCUCGACCAUGUUCCACUUCUUUUGCAAGUACGAGAAGGCGUUCCAAAAGCCCUUGAACGUUCUCUAUCAUUUCGCUUUCCUGCCUGGUUUCCAAGUCGAGAGUCGAGACCUGGACUUGUUCCUGAGGAAGUUUGUCAACGAUCUCGAUUUGACGGCACUGCAAUUCGCUCUCGUUCCAAUCGUGUUGAUCCUUCCAGCAGAACAGUUCCGGGAGCUCUUUACGCAGUUCUCAUCGGUCAAAUCUCUUUUGCGACGCACCGUGGAACCCACUCAUCAAGUUCCGUGUGCCGCUAUUUUCGAUAGAAUCCGGGCUGAACAGCUCACCGAUUUGAUUCCGCACAUUCCCGAUGUGGAAGAGUUCGUAGACACUUCCGCUCUAGACGAGCUCUCUGUUCUUCUGGAUGAUCCGACACGGCGUUUCCAAUUGCUGAACGUGCUCGAUCAGCGCCUUCUAUCGCCAUUCAGAUUGAGGGGAUUCUUUCUGGACCUGAUCAAACUCUUUUGCGAGAAGGAAGAUCCCAAGGAGGUCGACGGCAUUUUCUCGGAUUUCGCGGAAAUGUUCUUCAAGAACCCCUUCCGACCCCCGAUCGCUCUGCACUUCCUGGCUCAACUCCGGAAUACGCUCGUGAUUCAUUUGUACACCUUGUUGAAUGAUGCUUCUCCCGAGGAUCGAUUCCGUUCUUUGGAACAUCUCUACUUGAUCUCGUCCAUGAGCCCGGAGCGAUUGGUGAUCCCGGGGUUUCAAAUCUGGUCCAUUCCAAGCUUGUACGAUCCCACGUCUGUGGGUUUCGAUUGCCUGCUGAAACCAUCGAAGCCGUUCGAAACGCUUCGAGCGGGUGUCAUGUUGUUGUUGUGGAAACGUUGUGAUCAGUUAGCAUUGACAAUUUUCCACAAGGAUGCUUCUGAUAUCACCUUGCAAGCGCCCAAAUGUGAACGCAUGGAUCUGGCCAGUGAGAUUCUUCGGCUCAAGAUGGCCUUGUAUCGGUUGGAUGGGGGAUUGGCCUUGAAUAACGGUGUUUUAGAGGGUGUGUUGGUCUUGUUCCGAGAACACAUUCUGCCUUUCAUGACCGAGAAGCGUGUAAAUGCCAUUCAGUGUGUGGAGGACUCAAACAACUUCCUCACAUUUUGGUUGUCCCACUGUCAGGUCAAAGCCAAUCGGGAUUCCCUCCAAGCCACGAUCUUGCCUUUGUGCCGGCAAUACCGCACCAAGUUGACCCUAUGGGAGGCUACCAUGCGAUCUUUGGUUCACACCCUUGAGAUGCAGGGCUUCUCAGAAGAGGCAGAUCAGUUCUAUUCUCGAGCACGCGAUCUCAACUACUACGUCAAUCAAUCAUCAUUGGAUGACUGCUUCGCCUUCCCGUUCAACAUAUCGCCUCACGAACUCACAGUCAUCCUUCGAUGCUUUUUCAAAUGUCUCCUAGAUGAGAAUCUCCUCUACGAUCCAAGAGUUCUGGAGGAUUUGAUCCACAAGAAUGAUCCUUCUAAUUGGGCCCGAUAUCGAAUCGCCAUCACUUAUGUGCCUUCUGGAUGUUCGGCCACGGGUCUGCCUUUCUUGGACGUUCACGCCAAUACGACCCCAGAAAUGGGUCGGCGACGAUUGAGGCAAGCUCUCAAAUCUCUGAAGCCCCCAAUUGAAACGGAUCAAAAUGGCGAGUCCUUCAACCCCAGGUCCUUGAUAUGCCACCUUGUCAGAAUGUCCCAGUCAUCGUGAAACUUAAUGGAUCACAAUUUUGAGCAAGGAAAGUGUCAGAAUACUGUGUUAAUAUGUGCUAAUAGAAAUUCCAUUUUUAUGUCCAAAAGA